AUGGAGGCGCUGUCCAAGAUACUGCAGGCCGCCCGCGGCGCAUCCGGGGCUCAGAAGCUCCCCGAGACGGACCAGGUAUUCGGGUCGGUUGCACGCUCCGUCCAGGAGCACAUGGCCGGGUUCGACGCCUCUCAUGACUUCAACCACGUCUUGCGUGUCGUAGCGCUGGCGCAGUCAAUCAUGGCUGCCGAGAGCAAAGGCGAUGAUGCACCGCAUCCCAGUGUCGACCCAGUCAUUGUGAUCCUGGCCGCGCUGCUUCAUGAUGUCACGGACAAGAAGUAUGCGGAGGGCGCGGCCUGGGACUCGAAGCUGACCCGGAUCCUGGGAGACGCUGGCGUCGACGUCCAAGGCCCGCUCGCGACCGCCGUCGUGACUGUCGUCAACAACGUCUCGUACUCGACGGAGGUUCGCGAUCCGAGCCACACGCUGUCCAUCCUGGCGACGCAUCCGGAGCUGGGCAUCGUCCAGGACGCCGACCGGCUGGACGCCAUCGGGGCGGUCGGCAUCGGGCGCGCCUUUACGUUUGGCGGUGCCAAGAUGCCGCUGGCGGACAUGCAGCUUUCCCGGGACCACAUGACGGAGAAGCUGGGGAAGCUGGAGUCGAUGAUGAAGACGAAUACGGGAAGGAGACUGGCAAAGGAACGGACGCAGAGGAUCCUCACGUUUUCGAAAUGGUGGGAUGAGGAAAUUCAACUUUACUAA